GUCACUUCGCCUCUCCGCCCCGCCCACGCUCCCGCCGGGUCUCCCCGUGAGUGUCCCGUGUCCUGCCAGCCUCGGGACGCCCCGCGAGCUCAGGGCUGCGCAGGGACUGUGGUAAUUGAGCGCGGCAAAGCCUUCCGUUCCUGCCUCCGGUCGCUCCUGCUGGCUCCGAAUGCAGACUGCGAACCCGGGGACGCAGUUGUCCAUUUCCUUUGACCUUGGGGACCCAGGAAGGUGCACUGCCCGCGGGGGUGGGGAGGGAGCGAGAGGAAUACGACCCUGUCUCAGCCCACAGCCUCCGAGGUCUCCAAGUAAAGGGAAGGAUCUUUAGCUGCAUUAGACUUCAAAGCGUUUAGACCAGUUUCUCCAUCUUACGGAGCGGUGAACGGGCUCAGGAAUGUGGAGCGUUUCCUGGCGUCAAGCAGGUCAAAGUCAGCGCUGCUUUUUUUACAGACACUGCUUUUCUUACAGUCUUCGACUAUAAACUCUACAAGAAUAGGAAUCUUCGUAUUUUUUUCCUCUGCUGAAUUCCUAGUGCCCAGAUUAGUGCUUGGCACAUGAUUAUAAGCGCCAUGGCUAUGGCUAGUGUUAAAUUGCUUGCCGGUGUUUUAAGAAAGCCAGAUGCCUGGAUUGGACUCUGGGGUGUUCUCCGAGGGACACCUUCAUCAUACAAACUCUGUACUUCCUGGAAUCGAUACUUGUAUUUUUCUAGUACCAAGUUACGUGCACCAAAUUAUAAAACACUUUUUUAUAAUAUUUUCUCACUGAGACUCCCAGGGCUUUUACUAUCUCCAGAAUGUAUUUUUCCUUUUUCCAUAAGACUCAAAAGUAAUAUAAGGUCUACAAAAUCUACUAAAAAGUCUCUGCAAAAAGUAGAUGAAGAGGACUCUGAUGAAGAAAGCGAUCAUGACGAGAUGAGUGAGCAGGAAGAGGAGCUUGAGGAUGAUCCUACUGUAGUCAAAAACUAUAAAGACCUGGAAAAAGCAGUGCAGUCUUUUCGGUAUGAUGUUGUCCUGAAGACGGGGCUAGAUAUUGGGAGAAACAAAGUGGAAGAUGCUUUCUACAAAGGUGAACUCAGGCUGAAUGAGGAAAAAUUAUGGAAGAAAAGCAGAACGGUGAAAGUGGGAGAUACAUUGGAUCUUCUCAUUGGAGAGGAUAAAGAAGCAGGAACAGAGACAGUUAUGCGGAUUCUCUUGAAAAAAGUGUUUGAAGAGAAGACUGAAAGUGAAAAAUACAGAGUGGUGUUACGGCGGUGGAAAAGUUUAAAGUUGCCUAAGAAGAGAAUGUCUAAAUAAAUGGAUUGCUUUUUAGCAAUAAAGCUGCUUUCUAGUGGUAAAGGAAGGGGUCACCUGAAAAAUAGGACAUUUUUAUUAAAAUAAAGUUCUCUUAGCGUUUGUGGAA